GAGCUCACAUCUCUUCCUGAGCUGCCACCGAAACAGAAGCGAGGAUGAAGCUCUUCUUCGCUGCCACCCUCACACUCUUCGCGCUCUCUGCCCUGGACCAUGUGGACUCUUCGGCUUACGAUAAAAUAGUGGCCCACAGCCGCAUCAGGGCGAAGAAGCAGGGACCAAACAUGUGCGCUCUUCAGCAAGUGGUCGGGACCCAGAAGAAGUACUUCAGCACGUGCCGUAACUGGUACAAAGGAUCCAUCUGCGGAAGGAAAGCCUCUGUGCUGUAUGAGUGCUGCCCAGGAUACAUGAAACUAGAGGGAAUGCAUGGCUGUCCUGCUGUUGCUCCAAUUGACAACGUGUAUGGUACCCUCGGCCUGGUGAACGCCGUCACAACGCAGCAGUUCUCGAACAUGUCUAAGCUGAGGCAGGAGAUCGAGGGACCAGGGUCGUACACUUUCUUCGCCCCCAGUAACGAUGCCUGGGAUCUAAUCGAUCCGGAAGUGAGAAGCGCUUUGGUGAGCAAUGUUAACAUUGAGCUAUACAAUGCUCUGCAUUACCACAUGGCCAACAAACGCUUCCUAACUAAAGACUUGAAGAACGGAAUGUCCAUCAACUCCAUGUACAAUGACCUGAGUCUGCACAUUAACCACUACCCCAACGGUAUCGUCACAGUGAACUGUGCUAGGAUCAUUUACGGGAACCAGGUGGCCACCAAUGGCGUGGUGCAUGUUAUCGACCGCGUCAUCACCGCGGUGAGCAACACUAUCCAGGACGUGAUUGACGUCGACAUUGACCUGACCACACUGAGCAAUAUAGCUACCACCUCUGGCCUCACAGACAAGCUUGGAGAGCCGGGCCACUUCACGCUCUUUGCCCCUACCAACGAUGCCUUUUCGAACCUGGACAGAGAAGUUUUGGACAGACUUAUGGGUGACAAGAAUGCCCUCCAAGCCCUGCUCAAAUACCACCUGCUGGACUCGGUACAAUGCUCCGAGGCCAUUAUGAGUGGCACCUCAUAUGAGACUCUGGAGGGUACCAACAUCGAGAUCGGCUGUGGCGGCGACAGCCUCACCGUCAACGGCAUCAAGAUGGUGCUGAAGAAGGACAUCGUCACGACCAACGGUGUCAUCCACCUCAUCGACCAGGUCCUCAUGCCAGAUUCAGCAAAACAGGUGAUGGAGCUGGUGGGUCCAUCGCAGUCCACGUUCGGUGAUAUGGUUUCAGAGCUGGGUCUCUCAGCCGCCAUGAGACCACAGGCUGAGUACACGCUCCUGGCCCCAGUCAAUGCAGCCUUCACAGAUGAGGUCAUGUCCAUGGACCAGCACUUGUUAAAGAUCAUCCUCAAGAACCACAUUCUGAAGCAGAAGAUCAUGCUUGGUGAGCUCUUCAACGGCCAGCGUCUGGAGACCGUUGCAGGGAACUUCCUCAGGGUGUUUGUCUAUCGCACGGCUGUUUGCAUCGAGAAUGCUUGCUUGAUUCGAGGAAGCAAAGAAGGUAACAAUGGGGCUCUCCAUCCCAUGAGGACCCUGAUCAAACCGGCCGAGGCCACCAUGUUCAAACUGCUGACUGAACACAAGAGCUUCAAGAUCUUUUUGUCUCUGAUGGAGGCGGCUGGGCUGACAGACUUGCUGAAGCAGAGCGGGGAUUUCACACUGUUCGCCCCAACUGACGAGGCUUUCGCCAGCCUCAGCCAAAGGGACCUCUCUAUUUUAAAAAGUGACCGGAAUGCUCUCAGGGCCAUCCUGCUGUACCACUUAAGCAACGGCACCUUCAUUGGUGGCGGCUUAGAGACUGGAGUCACCAACCUCCUCAGGUCUAUCCAGGGCAGCAACCUCAAAGUCCUGUAUGCAAACAACUCCAUGCAGGUGAAUUCCGUGCAAGUCCCUCUGCCAGAUCUCAUGGCUACCAACGGGGUUGUUCACGCUGUCAAGAACUUCCUGUAUCCUGAAGAUGUUCCAGUUGGAAACCAGGAGCUUCUCAACCUCCUGAAAAGGAUCAUCAGGUUCAUUCAGAUCAAGUUUGUAUCAGGAUACAGAUUUCAGGAGAUCCCUCUCACCUUCAUGGUGACCAGAGUAACUGAGCGAGAGCCCACUAUUACUAAAGUUACUCGAGUCAUCGAAGGGGAGCCAAGCUUCACCAAGGUUACGAGGGUCAUCGAAGGGGAGCCAAGCUUCACCAAGGUUACGAGGGUCAUUGAAGGGCCCAAGUCGGAGAUCUCUAGCUUCAGUACAGAUACAGAGAGACUUAGAGAGGGAUCAAGACGAGUACCUGGAAGGCGAGUGCCAGCUGGAAUCAGGAGGAGAACCCGGAUGACCAGUCCUGUCCAGGUGCAGUAAGAGGAGAAACAAGGAACCCUUGAGUGUUUGAAGAAAAACAAAGGUCCAAGGGACAUGGAAUCAGUUGUUUAAGAAAAACAUGAGCUUCCCUCAUGAGAUGUUUUAAGAUCAGUAUUGUUGGAACUUGGUGUAAACCAAGCGUAGAGACAAACGCAAUGUUGAUCAUCAGUAUUUGUUGUUUUUACCAGAGAGGGAAUCAUUUGUGUUAAAAUAUAUCUGGUCAAAACAGGGAUGUUAAAAGGUCCCUCUGUAUGUAAGUAUCUUUUAAAGAAUAUUUUGUAGAGGGUUGCAUUAGAAACAACAGACUAUUGCAGAAAACUCACUUAGGAUCACAUGCGAUGUGGGAAAGGAAGAAACAAACCAAAGGAUGAACUUAAUUGUAUUUCUAAAAAGUGUGUGCAUGUGAAACACCUGUGAGUUUACUGCAACAGUUCUGUUUGGGGGAAUAUCUAUCUGUGUCCAGGUUUUGUUGGAUUGAGGUUUACUUCUGCAUGGCCAACGAUUUUAUGGUGCUCAUGUUCAGUAUUGUUUUUUUUCCAUUAAAGAAUAAAAUUGUUUGCAACAUUUUGAUAAUAAAAAUGGCUACUUUCUCUUUGGCUGAUCAUU